AUGUCACUCAGACCUACCAUCAACCUGAGAUCCAUCGGACAAAACAGAUUGAUCAGACCCACCGUUGUCUCCCGAUCGAUUACUUCCAUACCCAGACCUAAAGUACAACCCACCUCAGUCAAACAAUACAGAAUGGCUUCCGUCCUCCAAGCUACUGCCAAAGCUGCCCACUCCGCCGUCGCAAGUCUCGCCUCCGCUGCUCCCGUGAAGGUCGGAGAUGCAGUCCCAGACGUUGAUAUCAGAAUCAACAACUUGGAAGAGAAGAUUAACUUUUCAAAGUUACCUGGAAAGAACGUGUUGGUCUUGGUUCCAGGAGCCUUCUCACCAACUUGUUCAUCCCAAGUACCAGGCUACCUCGAACAAUACUCGACCUUCCAAUCCAAGGGUGUCAAAGAUAUCUACGUGGUAGCUGUUAAUGACAUGUUUGUGGUAAAUGCUUGGAAAGAUAAGUUGGCAGGUGACAAGAACACCGUCAAGUUUGCCGCCGACGAUACUAGUAAACUCGCAUCAUCCCUUGGUCUCGUCCUUGACGGUCAAGCCAUCUUUGGUGGACCAAGACUCAAAAGAGGUGCCAUCGUGAUCGAAGAUGGAAAGGUUGUUCACGUCGCUGUUGAGCCUUCGCCUGCUGAGGUCACCGUCUCUCAUGCUGACGAAGUCCUCAAGACUUUGUAA